AUGCCCGUAUCCCUGACGAAGGAAAGCGACGUCGACGUACUUGUCAUCGGUGCCGGACCCGCGGGGCUCAUGUGCGCCAAUGCGCUGGGCCGUGCUAACAUAAACGUUCGGAUUAUUGACCAGAGGCCUAUUUCUGUCGCGGCGGGACAGGCAGAUGGGAUUCAGCCUCGAAUCAUGGAGGUCUUCCAGAGCUAUGGCAUGAACGACCGUCUGCUCCGGGAGGCUGCUCAUGUUCAUAUGGCUGCUUUUUACAAUCCUGGCCCGAACGGUGGCAUCGAGCGAACAGGUCGAGCUUCAGAUGUCACAGCGCCAACAGCACGUUAUCCCUUCGAGGUUGCGUUGCACCAAGGCGGCAUCGAGUCUAUUUUUUUGGACUCAAUGGCUGCUGCUGGUGUCACGGUUGAGAGACCUGUGGUACCAAUCUCGAUUGAAUUAUCCAACAAUGAGGCCGAGCUGAAAGAUCCCAAAUCCCACCCUGUGAAGGUAAUAUUGAAGCAUUUAGACGCCGUAGAAGGCCAGGGAGACGUGGAAGUCGUCUAUGCGAAUUUUGUGCUCGGAGCAGACGGUGCACACUCGUGGGUGCGCAGGAACUUCGGUAUCGAGAUGGAAGGCGAGCAGACAGACUACAUUUGGGGCGUCGUCGACCUUGUCCCUGAUACGGACUUCCCGGACAUCCGCAAUCGCUGUGCGAUUCACUCCCACAAUGGCUCGUGCAUGAUCAUCCCGCGCGAGGGUGACCGUGUCCGCCUGUAUAUUCAACUGACAGACAAAGACAUGGUCGAUCCUGCAAGUGGGAGAGUGGACAAGAACAGAAUGGGACCUAAGGAACUACUAGCAGUCGCCCAGAAGUCGAUGCAUCCGUUCAGGAUAUCGACUUCGCAGGAUGUUCACUGGUGGACCUUGUACAUCAUUGGACAGCGUGUCGCAACACAGUAUUCCGUCCACGAGCGUGUCUUCAUUGCGGGCGAUGCUUGCCAUACUCACUCGCCGAAAGCAGGACAAGGCAUGAAUGCUAGCAUGAACGAUACUCACAACCUAGCAUGGAAACUGGCGUACGUCCUCCGAGGAUGGGCCAAUCUGUCGUUGCUGAAGACCUACGAGUCUGAACGUCGGAAGUUCGCGCAAGAACUAAUUGAAUUUGACAAGCUGUUCUCUGCCCAGUUCUCUACCAAGCCUCGUACGGACGAGGGUGAGGAUGGUGUCUCACAUGAGGAAUUUUUGAAGACAUUCCAAACCUUCGGUGGCUUCACCAGUGGUAUAGGAGUCCACUACGGACCCUCAGCUUUAGUCAACACCACACAUCAAGCAUCUGCGAGCAAGCUCAUUAUUGGAGAAAGAAUGCUUCCCCAUGUCUUCAUCCGUGCGGCGGAUGCCCGGCCUAUGGAACUGCAGGACCUUCUCCCGGCAGAUACUCGCUACAAGGUUAUCAUCUUUGCUGGUGAUACCAAUAACAAGCUUCAGCUUAAGCGUGCGAAGGCCUUAGCGACGGAGAUGGACCAGCCACACUCGUUUCUCAAGCGUUUCGCUCAGGGUCAUAUCGGCGCCGUGUUCGACGUGAUAUCUGUCACCUCGGGAAACAAGAUGGAUGUGGACUACACUGAUAUGCCGGAGCUGUUCAGACCGCACUGGUCGAAGGUCCUCGUCGACGAUACUGACAUGUACAACAGGUCUGGUGCCGGCGGGGGAUAUGAGUACUAUGGUAUCGAUCCGGAGGGUGCUAUUGUCAUCGUCCGACCAGACGGAUAUGUUGGCAUGGUAGCUCCAUUCGAUCAUCUUGAGGAUGUCACCGACUACUUUGCGUCGUUCAUGUUGACGCCGUAA